GACGAACAAAAACACCGGCGCAGCAGCGCCAAGGAAUAUAAUAAUGAGUGUGCAACCUCGCAGAGCUUAGUUAUGCUGCCUGUGAGCUUUGCAUCCUUUUAAUAAAAAUGACUCUCGGCAAUGGAUAUCUCGGCUCUUGCAUCGAUGAAGAACGUAGCGAAAUGCGAUACGUGGUGUGAAUUGCAGAAUCCCGUGAACCAUCGAAUCUUUGAACGCAAGUUGCGCCUCAAGCCAUUUGGUUGAGGGCACGUAUGCUUGGGUGUCAUGCAUUAUGUCUCCCCUCUCGUGUGUGGAGUGGGAAUAGAUCCUGGCCUCCUGGGCCCUUCCUUGGGCGUGGUUGGCCGAAAAUGUUGUCCUUGAUUUUGUUGAUGUCUUGGUGUGCGGUGGAUGUGCCAGGUG